UGCUCUGGGCUGGGAUCAUGGAGCUUCUCCAGUUGUGCAUGCUGGUGGUGUUUGCUGGUGCGUGUCCAACCCAAGGCGGGAUUCUGAACCUGAACGACAUGGUCAAACAAAUGACUGAGAAGACGCCCAUCAUCUCCUAUUGGUUCUACGGCUGUCACUGCGGCCUCGGUGGCAAAGGCCCACCCCUAGAUGCCACAGACCGGUGCUGCCAUGCCCACGACUGCUGCUAUGCUCACCUGAGGCACCAUCGUUGCCGUUUACACACGGACCAUUACAACUACAACUUUUCCCAUGGGGACAUCCAGUGCUCUGACAAGGGAAGCUGGUGUGAGCAGGAGCUGUGCGCCUGUGACAAGGAGGUGGCCUUCUGCUUGCAGCGUCACCUGGGCAGUUACAAGAAGAAGCUGCGUUUCACCCGUCAAUUCUGGCCAUCUCGCUGCAAGGGCAAGACCCCUAUGUGCUAGGAGAAGCCUGACCUGGCUGUCCCACACCCCCUACCCUGGCCAUUGGAAGUCCCGCAGGAUUGCUGACAUGCCUGUCCCAGUAGUAGCUAACCCCCGAACCAGCCUGGCUCCUCGAACACACUCCCAGGAAGAGAGAGAGUCUCAGCCUCUUCCCAACCACCUACCUGGCCUCUUGGGCCUUCUAAAUCUUCCCGAGGCAGCGGCUAUCUCCUCUGUGAGUGGGUUGAGAUUUUAGGAAAAGCCAAGGAGAAGGAGCCCCUGAGAUGGUGCUUGAGCCAAAACAGCAGGUGUGGCAGGUUCUCCCUGCCACUGCCAUUCACUCAGCAGGCCUCCCCGGCCCAGCGUCAUCUCUCCAAUACACUGACCAAGCCACAGCCGGAGCAGGCUCUCUACGGGGCAGUACUGAUCUUUCUGUCCCUAUGACUGUUCUUCUUCAAACCCCGUGGCCCUCUACCACCCUAGGUGAGGGCCUCUCACAGGAGUUUGGGACCUGCGCUGUCUGGUGAUAUACCCCUCUCUCCACUAGGCUUGGAGGUCCUGGCAGGCAGGAGCCAUGCCUGACUUAGACUCAUUUGCAUCGCCAGUGCCCAAAACAGUGCCAAGAAGGGUCUCAGUAAUUACUUCUCAAGGAAAGGGCUGGAGGAAGGCCCUGCUUCUCUUGCUCCGGGCCCACAAGCCCAUGUCGCGUGUCUUCCAGGCAUCCCUAUUUUUCUGCUUCCAGGCUUUGGCUCAGUGUUUCACUUGCCCUAUCCAGGUGGCUAAGCCCUCCCAGGGCUCUUCAGGGUCCAAGGGCUACUUCUUACAGAAGUCUCCCUCGGCCGAUUCCUCCCCAGCUCUGAGGCCUCACCCCCUCCUCUGAGCUCCAAAUCCUUCAUAACACUUUAUGGGGCUAUA